GUCAAAGAACGAGUAAAGCUAUCUAUCCAGUAUCCACUCGCUCGUGCUCGCGCACGCAGCACGCUACAGCGCUGCGGCUAGCAGCUGCGGCUGUGGAUUACGCAUCCCGGUCAAAAAUGGCCACUCCCUCCGCGCCACGUCUCCUCCCCUGCCCCGCCAUGCUCCACUCCCCCAUGCCUAUCGUCUUCCUCGCCGCCGGUCCGCUCGCCGCCGUCCACUUCUCUGCCCGCUGCCGCCUCCGCCUCCGCCUCCGUAUCCCCCACGUCGCUACCGCCGCCGGCGCUGCCACCGCUCCGGGAAACAGCUUCGCCGUCGAGGACUACCUCGUCGCCAACUGCCACCUCACCCAGCCGCAGGCCGUCAAGGCCUCCAAGAACCUCGCCCACCUCAAGUCCGCCUCCAACCCCGACGCCGUCCUCGCAUUCCUCGACGGCCUCGGCUUCUCCCCCAAGGAGGUCGCCGCCGCCGUCGCCUCCAACCCGCGCAUCCUCUGCGCCCGCAUCGAGCGCUCCCUCGCGCCCAUCUCCGCGGAGCUCCGCGCCCUCGGCCUCUCCACCUCCCAGGUCGCCCGGCUCGCCAAGAUCGCCGGCCGCUACUUCCUCUGCCGCAGCUUCGUCUCCAAGGUGCAGUUCUGGCUCCCCCUGUUCGGCUCCCCGGAGAGGCUGCUCCAGGCCAGCGACUGGAACUACUGGCUCCUCACCUCCGACCUCGAGAAGGUGGUCGAGCCCAACGUCUCCUUCCUCAGGCAAUGCGGGCUAAGUGCUUGUGAUAUUUCCAAGCUGCUCGUGGCCGCGCCGCGCCUGGUCACCAUGCACCCCGAGUACGUCCAGGACUCCGUGCGGCGGGCCAUUGAGCUCGGCGUGCCACCGGGCUCCCAGAUGUUCCGGCACGCGAUCUCCACCGCCGGGUGCAUCGGCCAGGAGAAGGUGGACGCCAAGAUCGCCGUCCUCAGGGAGACUCUCGGGUGGUCCAAGGAGGAGGUGAGCCUGGCCAUCAGCAAGGCGCCGCGGAUCCUGGUCGCCUCCGAGGAGAGGCUGCGCCGCAACGCCGAGUUCCUGGUCAAGGAGGUCGGGCUGGAGCCGCAGUACAUCGCGCGCCGGUCGGUGCUGCUCAUGUACAGCCUCGAGAGGAGGCUCAUGCCCCGGCAUCUCGUAGUGAAGCUCCUCAAGCAGAGGCGGCUGAUCGAGGAAGACCGGUGCUUCUUCAACGUGGUGGCGCCGACGGAAGAGAAGUUCUUGGAGAAGUUCGUUGCCCCCUUCGAGGAGUGUAUCCCCGGCCUCGGCGAUGCUUACGACGCUGCCUGUACCGGGAAGGCGCCGGUGAAAGCUCAGUGAGCACUGAGUGACUAGAAGAGAAUCCUGGAGGUGUGCGUAGAUGACAGUUUCAGCACGACGGAGGAUUGGUGGCUGAAGGCCAGGGUGGCAAUCCCUAAACACACGAGGCGGAACUUUGACACUAUCGUGAUUCUGUUGCACUGGAGGAUCUGGAAGGAAAGAAAUGCGAUGAUUUUUGAAAACAUUGCCAGUACAGCGGACAGAGUUUUGGACCAGAUUAUCGAAGACAUUGGCAUGUGGAGGGCUGCGGGAUGCAUUAGUGACUUGCCAACUUAGGUCUACUCAUAUCGGCAUGUUUGUAUUACUCUCUGUACUCUUGUUAGCGAGGACUCCUUGUUCGUCUUAUCUUGGGUCUCAGCUCUAGUUCGCCUAGACUGUCCCCAGUUGUACUCUUUUUCCCAUUCUAAUAAAGUUC